UUGGAAACUUGGCCGGAGCCCUCGGUACUUGUUGUUCUACCGUCAAAAACUACCCGAAUUUCAGAAGGGUUCACGUUUUAGCAAACGAUGAUGGCAACAAAAAUUUCGGGUUCAUCUGCCCUGAGAACUGUUGCUAGGAGCUACAGUGCCCAAGCGGCUCCAAAAGCUGUUCCUGCAAGCUCAGGGGCUGCCCUGCAGGUGUCAACCUUGCGGUCAGGUGCCGUCGUUGCCUCACUUGAGAACAACUCUCCUGUUGCUAGAGUAGCCGUCUUCCUCAGGGGAGGUUCCCGCUAUGACACGGUGCCCGGCAUAAGCCACAUGCUGCGGCUGUGUGCCACGGGAGGGCUCAGCUCAGAGCAGCGCACAGGCUUCAACAUGAAGCGCGUACAGCAGCAGAUUGGGGCGCACUUGAAUGUCCUCACCGAUCGCGAGGUGGCCGUCUACAGCAUUGCUAGCAACAGGGAUGCCGUAGGUGAGACGUUGAGUCUGCUGGCGUCACUCACCAGCAACAACAGCUACCGCUACUACGAGGUCCCUAACAAGUACUUGACGGCGAGGCUGAAGGCCACCCUCGAACUCACCCCUCAACAACGCCUUGAGGACCUGCUUGGCAAGGCUGCCUUCAGGGCGCAGCCUCUAGGCAACUCCAUCUAUGUGCCCUCCUACAACGUGGGCAAGCUCACUGCUGAGCAGUUGAACGCAUUCGUGUCGGCCACCCACGGUGCUGGGGGGCUGGUGGUGGUGGGGACUGGAGUGGACCAUGAGGUGCUGGUAGCUGGGGCUGAGGCCCUGGGGGUUGCAGGAGGCGCUGUCCCCUCAAGCGCCCCCACCAAAUAUUUCGGUGGCGACUUGAGAGAGGAGACUGGCGGCAAGAUGGCUUACGUUUCUGUUGCCGGGGAAGGAGCCAAACUGGGCUCGUCAGACAGCUUAGCGACGGCAGUUGCGGCGGAGGUGUUGGGCGGUGCCAAGGCCGUCAAAUAUGGCGGCAACGCCACCUCCGCUCUCCUGAGGGCCAUCAAGUCUGAAGCUCAUGUCCAACUUCAGGGCCAGAGCCUCAACUUCUCUGAUGCCGGACUUCUUGGCUUCAGCAUUGUUGCUUCAGCUGCUGAUGCUCCCAAGGUGAUCCCCGNCAAGAACGCCAUUCUCAAUGCCAAGUUGCUGGUAGAGGCGGGACGUGAACAGAGAUCUGACAAGGAUGUGGCGGGUGCCAAGGCGAGGGUCAAGAACGCCAUUCUCAAUGCCAGCUCGGGGUGUGGGGAGGUGCAGGGGUUGGGGCGUCAGCUUCUCCUCACCGGCGCCAGCGUCAGCGCUGCUGACACCACCAGGGCUGUCGAUGCCGUCAGCAACGCUGCUGUCGCUAAGGCGAUCGCAAAGGCGUUCAGUGGGAAGCUGACCGUGGCAGCGUUGGGUAAUGUCAACGCUGUGCCCUACAGCGAUUCCUUCUAAAUACUUGCUACUAAAAUUUCGAUGUAGUAUUCAUUACAGUCACGUGUCAUCACAACAUUCUUUGCAAAGUUACACAUUAGUGCAAUUUGCGCUUGAGGGGCCGUCAAUAAAAUUUUACAAUCUAAACGGAACAGCCACAACCUGAACACGCGCUGCUGGUAAAAAAUAACUCGUGUGAACGUUUCCUUGCUCAAGCGAGGCUCAGAUGACGAAGCCACUCCUGCAGCAUCGCUGCUCUGUAAAUAGACAAGAUCGACUCGUGUGGAUGUGCGAGUUGCAUAUGUUAUCCUACUAUAUACAGUAAUUUAUUAUUGA